UUUAUUGGCAUUGGGAACCGUAAUUGUAGUUCCCUAUGCAGAUUUAUACCGAGCGCCUAGGAGUACUUGCGUGCUUCUGGUUGUCUCUGCUUUUUGUGGUAACAGGCUUAAGCGACGGAGUCCAUAGGACAAUCGAGGUAGUUGGAUUGGGAGAAUGCGCAGACUGCAAGGAGAAUAAUAUGAAGACUAACCAGGCUUUCUCAGGGCUACGUGUGACGGUUGACUGCAAGUCAGCAAAUGGACAGUUCAAAACGAGAGGGACUGGUGAGCUUGAUGAAAAUGGAAACUUCAAAGUGUCCCUUCCGUACGAUCUUGUAAAAGAUGGUGAGCUAAGAGAAGAAUGCUACGCCCGUCUUCAUAGUGCAUCAGCUACACCUUGCCCUGCCCACGAUGGCAUGGACCACUACAAAAUUGUCAUUAAGUCAAAAGCUGGUGAAAAAUACACCCUUGAGCCUGCUGGGAAACUCAAAUUCUCAACAGUGAUAUGCACUUCAGCCUUUUUUAUGCCUUUGCCACCUUUCCCAAAGCUUCAUAAACCACAUUUCCCCUUCCCUCCUAAAGUGUUCCCACCAUUUCCACCAAAGUUUUUCCCAAAGUACCCUCUCCCUCCUCCUGUGCCCAUCUUUAAGGCACCUCUUCCUCCACUUGUACCAAUCUAUAAGAAACCUCCUCCGUUUCCAAUUGUCAAGAAGCCUUGUCCACCAAAAGUCAAGAAACCUCUUCCCCCACCUCUCCCAAUUACCAAGAAGCCAUCCCCACCAAAAGUUAACAAGCCACUUCCACCUUCCAUUCCAAUUUCCAAGCCUAUUCCUCCUCCCACUCCAAUCUACAAACCACUUCCACCUUCCAUUCCUAUCUCCAAGCCCAUUCCUCCUCCCACUCCAAUCUAUAAACCACUUCCACCUCCCACUCCAGUUUCCAAGCCACUUCCACCUUCCAUUCCUAUCUCCAAGCCCAUUCCUCCUCCCACUCCAAUCAAUAAACCACUUCCACCUCCCACUCCAAUUUCCAAGCCACUUCCACCUUCCAUUCCUAUCUCCAAGCCCAUUCCUCCUCCCACUCCAAUCUACAAACCACUUCCACCUUCAAUUCCUAUCUCCAAGCCCAUUCCUCCUCCUAUUCCAAUCUACAAACCACUUCCACCUCCUACUCCCAUUUACAAGCCCAUUCCUCCUCACACCCCCAUUUGCAAGCCCAUUCCUCCUCACACUCCCAUUUCCAAGCCACUUCCACCUUCCAUUCCUAUCUCCAAGCCCAUUCCUCCUCCCACUCCCAUUUCCAAGCCACUUCCUCCUCCAACUCCCGUCUAUAAGCCCCUUCCUCCUACUGUUCCAAUCCAAGUACCACCCUUUUUCAAACCUCUUCCACCUUUCCAAAAGUUUCCUCCAUUCAAGAAGAAGCCAUGUCCACCUCUUCCCAAGAUUCCUCCAAAGUACUUUUUCCAUCACCCAAAAUUCGAAAAGUGGCCUCCUGUACCUCCCUUUUCUCCUCAUUCAUAGGCUAUUAUUUAUUGCACUUGGAGUAACACAGAUACAUGCAUGUUUUCUAUCUGCUUUUUUGCUUCCUGUAUUAGCAAGGAGGUUGAAAUUUGUUGUUUCCAAAUAAAAUCCUAAAUGCAGAAUGUGAGCAGAGGAGCAUGAAGAGUGAAAGUAGAGGGGGAAAAUGA